CUGUUCCGCUGUAGAGGUGACCUGACUGCUGGAGACUGUCUUUGCUGGUGCAGAGAUCGGCCUUGCAGUUUGCAAUAAUGUCUGAGCCAAUCAGAGUCCUCGUGACAGGAGCAGCCGGUCAGAUUGCAUAUUCGCUGCUGUACAGCAUUGGAAAUGGAUCUGUCUUUGGGAAAGACCAGCCCAUCAUUCUUGUGCUGUUGGACAUCACCCCCAUGAUGGGUGUUCUGGACGGUGUCCUGAUGGAGCUGCAAGACUGUGCCCUUCCCCUUCUGCAGGAUGUCAUUGCAACAGACAAAGAAGAGGUUGCCUUCAAAGACCUGGACGUGGCUGUCCUUGUGGGCUCCAUGCCAAGAAGGGAGGGCAUGGAGAGGAAGGACCUACUGAAAGCCAACGUGAAGAUCUUCAAAUCCCAGGGCGCAGCCUUGGAGAAGUACGCCAAGAAAUCAGUUAAGGUCAUUGUUGUGGGGAACCCAGCCAAUACAAACUGCCUGACGGCCUCCAAGUCAGCACCAUCGAUCCCCAAGGAGAACUUCAGUUGCCUGACUCGAUUGGACCACAACCGAGCAAAAUCUCAAAUUGCUCUUAAACUCGGUGUAACCGCUGAUGAUGUAAAAAAUGUCAUUAUCUGGGGAAAUCAUUCAUCAACCCAGUAUCCAGAUGUCAAUCAUGCCAAGGUGAAAUUGCAAGGAAAAGAAGUUGGUGUGUAUGAAGCCCUCAAAGACGACAGCUGGCUCAAGGGAGAGUUCAUCACGACUGUGCAGCAGCGUGGUGCUGCUGUCAUCAAGGCUCGGAAGCUGUCCAGUGCCAUGUCUGCUGCGAAGGCCAUCUCGGACCACAUCAGAGACAUCUGGUUUGGAACCCCGGAGGGCGAGUUCGUGUCGAUGGGCGUAAUCUCUGAUGGCAACUCCUAUGGUGUCCCUGAUGACCUGCUCUACUCGUUCCCUGUCGUGAUCAAGAAUAAGACCUGGAAGUUUGUUGAAGGCCUCCCCAUUAACGACUUCUCCCGUGAGAAGAUGGACCUGACAGCAAAGGAGCUGACCGAGGAAAAGGAAACGGCUUUUGAGUUUCUCUCCUCCGCAUGACUACACAGUCGUGUUGACGUCAGCAGACAUCCCAAGGCUGAGGAAUCAAAAUGUCGUCUUUGAGCCUAGUACCAAACAGUAAUAAUGCUACAUUCAGAUUGUGAACAGCAAAAUAUUUUAAAUAUUAUGUGCUUUGUGAUUCGUGAAAGUCUAUCAUGUUGUUAGUGCUGCGAUCUAAAUAAAAGUAUAUUCAAGUGAAAGUCUCAGCCUCUAUUUCUAGCUUAUACUUAGUGUGCUCAGAAAAAUAGAUUAGAAUUUUGCCUUUUUCACUGAGUAGAAGAAGUAAAAGUGGAAAAUGUUAGGAAGCAUUAGUCUAACAUAGACAAGGAAGCCAAUCGAUCUAUUUCAGAGGGAUCCCAUUACGUAAAUGAGUUAUUUAUAUUUUAAGUCCUUAAAGGUUGGUUCAUGUUUUGUUCAUAUUCUGAUUUUAAAAUUAGCUGUAAGAAGGUCGCAGAUAAGCUAUCUUCCUUAUAUUCUAUAGCAGAAUAGUGGAAUCGUUAAUAUUUGAUAGCCGAUAACUGCCACAGUAUUAGUGUUUUGAGCUAAGGUUGUUAGAAGCAUAAUCCUGUGCUUUCAAGGCAGUCUGUCUCCCCCCAGGAACGCCUGUAUCAUCUUUUCAUCUUCCUGCUUUUAGUGCAUUACUCAAGGCAAUAAAUAGAACCAUAGUCUCACGGCUUUUGUAACGCCUUUUGUGGAUACUCAAAUACUUGCUGGUUAGGUUUGCUACUUACCUGUAUUGGUAAAUAGUAUCUGUAUUGGAGCUUGUACAGUGUUUGCCUAACCCUCAUGAAGCCCU